GGUGGGGGGGUCUCUCUCCUCCCCAGAGUUGUUGGACACCAGAGCAGCGCGGCCCUUCUCCUUCUCCUUCAACACCAGUGACUACCGUAUCCUGCUGAUGGACCAAGACCAGGGCCGUCUCUACCUGGGCAGCCGGGAGUACCUGGUGGCCCUGGACAUGCACAACGUCAACAAGGAGCCACUCAUUGUAAGACGAACACACAUAAACAUAAACACACAUAACCACAACUGAUUCAAAAAGGCACAUGAGUCUUUUGUCCUUCAAGAAAGUUUAAUGUGGUAGUUUAAUGUGGUAGUAAAAUGUGGUAGUUCAAUGUGGUAGUUUAAUGUGGUAGUUUAAUGUGGUAGUUUAAUGUGGUAGUAAAAUGUGGUAGUUUAAUGUGGUAGUAAAAUGUGGUAGUUUAAUGUGGCAGUUUAAUGUGGUAGUUAAAUGUAGUAGUUUAAUCUGGUUGUAAAAUGUGGUAGUUUAAUGUGCCAGUUUAAUGUGGUAUUAAAGAGACCUCAAGUAAAAUGCUCCUUUACUGUGUGUGGUAUAAUUUUUAGCUUUGUGGUCUUUCCCUGACAGAUCCAUUGGCCAGCCUCUGACAAGAGAAAAGGGGAGUGUCGGAUGACAGGAAAAGGAGGACAGGUGAUAAUAACUUCUCUUCUUACAGGAUGAACUGAUGAUGUCCCACUUUCAUGGGUCUAUUUCACAGUUUUGAAAGAGAAAGCCUUGUUUUUUUCAUUCAACAACAAUUCAUAACAUUCCCAUGUCUGUGUACACACAACAGGGUGAGUGUGCAAACUUUGUGCGUAUGAUAGAGCCAUGGAACCGCACCCACCUGUACACCUGUGGGACCGGAGCCUACCAACCCAUCUGCACCUUCAUCAACAGAGGCUGGAAGGCAGAGGUGAGAGGUUAAAUAUGCCCAAAAGCAUUCUAAAACACAUUCAACUGCAGCAUAUCUGUGUAUAUUUAGGCCCAGCAGCUCGGAUUACUAAAAAGUCUAGUACUCAAAACUAGGCCACAGAUUUGAGCUCUAUUUCACUAUACACUUUUGCCAUUUCAUUAAAAAAAUGUAUUUGUUCCUUAUCUGGCCUUUCUGGUCCCUCUCUUUCCAGGAUUAUGUGUUCAGGUUGGUUCCUGGAUUUAUAGAAUCAGGGAAGGGCAAAUGUUCCUACGAUCCUUUCCAGGAGAACAUUGCUGCUCUCAUCAGUAAGUUUCACCUCACUUAUGAAUACACUUAGUAGACUGCCCAAAACUGAAAACAAGUCCUCUCACUUUCACUGUUUCCUAACCUCUCCUCUCCACCUCUCUCCCCUCCACCUCUUUCUCCUCCUCCUCUGCAGAUGGGAAUCUGUAUGCAGGUGUCCAUGUAGACUUCAUGGGGACAGACCCAGCACUCUUUAGGACCAUGGGGGGCAGAACAGCAGUCAGGACAGAGCAGUAUGACUCAAGGUGGCUCAAUGGUGAGUUACUACACCUGAAAAAGGGCACCACCUUG